GCAUGGUACCACCUCCAGCAAGCCUUCCUGGAGAGCUCAACCGCCCGUCACUGUGUGCAGCCCCCCUGCCUACCUCCGGCUCCAUCUUGCCCCCACCGCGCCUGAAAGUGGCACCUGGGAGGAGGUGGUGGCACACCGUUGGGCGCCACAGACAGGAAGAACCGUGACACCUCAGUGAGAGGGGCCCCUGCUGUUCCUUCUGCAGUGAGCAUGGUUGGGCUCCUGGGGCUGCUGCUGCUCCCCUUACUCCAGGCCUCCCGAGAGGUGUGGCAGUCCCCCAGCAAAAUGAUUGCUUUAGAGGGGGACUCCGUCAACAUCACCUGCUCCACCCCGGGUACCCUGCAUGGCAUCUACCUGAAACAAACAUGGCCAAGCAACAGCAAUGUGAUUUACUAUGAAGAUGGGUUGGAGCCCACCGUGGACCCGCGGUUCCAGGGCCGCAUUGCCUUCUCGGGGCUGCAACACAACCUGACCGUCAGCUUGAACCACCUGCAGUUGGCUGACACCGGUGGCUACACCUGCGUGGCCAUCAUGGAUGAUGAGAUCUUUGGUCCUGGCACCUUGGUCAUGGUGACAGACCAACUGCCCCAGGCAGUGAACACAUGCCAGGAGUCUUGGCUGAUACACUUUGCCUUCCCCACAGCCCUGGCUGUGGGCUUCUUCCUCGUCGGGCUGGUACUGGGAGCACUGUGUGUGCUGAGAAGAACACAGAUCCAGAAACUCUGCUGUGCGAAGGAUAAGAGCCCAGUGUACGUGAUCUAUGAGGACAUGUCCCACAGCCGCUGUAACACCAUGUCCAUCCCCAACCAGUACCAGUGAGCACGGCAGGACCCCAGGCCUGCCUCUGUCCAGCAGAGCUCUGGGCCGAUCAUCCACCCAGAACGAACACACAGACAGCUUCCCACAGUAGUCAGGCUCCUACAGCCUCCUCCAGGAAGCCCUCCUUGCCUGCUUCCCACCCUUGAGGCUGCUCCUGGCACCUUGGAACCACCGGGAAGGAAACUUCUCUGUCCCAUGGCUACCCUGGCCCUUGCAUGGCAGAAGAGGCUGCUCUGAAGGAUAGACUUGCCUUGGGGCAGUGGUCAACUGGGGGGCUGGGACCUGAACUCUGACCCCAGUCAAGCCUUGCCAGAAAUAAAGGACUUCUUUUCUCCCCUUUCCAA